AUGCUAUUUAUAGCACAACCGGCAUACAAGCUUAUUUCUGGUCAGUUACCUCAAUCGUUGAUCAUUCGCAUUGAACGUGUCGGAGUGUUACCGUCUGGAAACGAAUUCAAGCUAGCCGAUCAUGUGGAAUUUGGUGAAACCCUCGAUGUUCGUGAUCUAUGCUUCUACAGAAAUAAGGAGACUGACUACAACCUGGCAGCGUCCCGCCGACCCGAGUCAACUUCACGAAUAGUGGGCGGAGCAGCUGGAAACGAACAUCCCUUGGCUAGACGGCCAUCGUCGAGUGGACUCGCGUCUCCUUUUGGAAUAAUCGAGGCGGUUCAUUGUGGUCGGAACGUCUGUGAACUGCGUGCAGUGAGCGAACAUCGUGGUGUACCGCAAAGUGGACAUUUUGUGACGUAUCGACGAGGAAUCCACGAUCCCCAUACGUGGCACCUUACUAAUGAUGCCAAGGUCAAACGCGUGCCGUAUUCCCAAGUGGCUUCCGCUCAAGCAUACAUGCUUUACUACGAACGUAUUCAACCGAAUCGGUGGUACAAGCAAAGUAACGUACUGCUCAGACCGUGA